AUGACUGACGUACCUGCUGAGAUCGUGGAGGAGAUGCAAGAACUCUGCAGAAGUAUUCCCGGCUUAGAAACCAGAUACCGCCUACUAGAUAAAAUAGGAGAAGGGACUUUUUCUUCAGUCUAUAAGGCAGAGGACGUGACUGGCAUGGCAACGAGCUCCUUCUCCAGCCACUACUGGGUCAAAGAGAAGAAAUAUGUUGCUCUUAAAAGAAUUUAUGUGACCUCAUCCCCUCAACGUAUCUAUAAUGAGCUGAACCUGCUUUAUAUGUUAUGCGGAAGCUCGCGCGUGGCACCACUAUGCGACGCGAUAAGAUUCCAAGAUCAGGUAAUUGCUGUACUUCCCUGGUAUCCUCAUGAAGAGUUCCGGAACUUUUAUCGCGAUCUACCGAUCAAAGGCAUCAAAAAAUAUAUGUUUGAAUUACUACAGGCUUUGAGCUUUGUGCAUUCGAAGGGUAUUAUUCAUCGAGAUAUCAAGCCCACAAACUUUCUUUAUAACCCACAGCUGGGACGUGGAGUUCUCGUAGACUUUGGGUUAGCAGAAAUGGAGCAAGCUCGCUCCAAAGAAUUCAAAGUCUCUAAGGAUUUACGCUCAGUUGAGAAUUAUUGUCCUUGUGUCAACUACGAGUCCGAUUCAUCUACGCUGUCCCAGCAGCCGACCACGCCUCGACAAAUUGCAAAGAACACAACCCAUGCUGCAUCACACGGCGCAGUAGGCAGCAUGAUCGUGGAUCUCACGAAGGGGUAUCCAAAGUACGAAACACGCAGGAAUAAGCGCGCUAAUCGUGCGGGAACUCGAGGAUUUAGGGCUCCAGAAGUGCUUAUGAAAUGUUCCCAACAGAGCACAAAGAUAGAUAUAUGGUCCGUCGGCGUUAUACUACUAAGUUUUUUGUCGCGUAGGUUUCCGAUGUUUCAAAGUCUCGAUGACACAGAUUCACUAUUAGAGCUUUGUUGCGUAUUUGGAUGGAAGAAAAUUAAAAACUGUGCAACUCUUCAUGGAUUGGGAUUUGAAGUUACUGACCUAGAAGGUAUAAGUGAAAAUGGGUUUCAAGGAGGGCUUAGUGAUUAUAUACGCCAACUACUACAGGCGGAGGUCAAGGCUGGAACCUUUUCAGAAUACUCCGUGGCCUUCGAGACGUUCGAUUAUCUCUCGCAUAAUUCAUCCGGUAAAAAUAUCACACCGCCAGUGCAAGGUACUGCGUUUGAUGAUGUCACCGAAUACAGAAUAAAAAAAUAUCAUGAGGAAGUGUGGAGCGACCAUUACUGGUGCUUGCAGGUUUUGGACCAGUGCUUUGUUUUAGACUCCCAUAAGAGAAGCACUGCAGAUGAAUUGCUCUCUUCGACCUUUUUCAGCGAACUAGUAGAUUCUGAUUGCACAGAGGAAAAUGACGAAGAUGACGUUCUGAUAAUUGACAGCCCAUAA